AUGUCAGGCCGUGGUAAAGUAUCAGGAAGUGGCAAAGCUCGUGCUAAAGCUAAAACACGAUCAUCAAAAGCUGGUCUUCAAUUUCCAGUGGGUCGUAUUCAUCGGUUACUUCGUCGAGGUAAUUUUGCUGAACGUGUUGGUGCUGGUGCUCCAGUAUAUUUAGCUGCAGUUCUCGAAUAUCUUUCAGCUGAAAUUUUGGAAUUAGCUGGUAAUGCAGCUCGAGAUAAUAAAAAGUCUCGUAUUAUUCCACGACAUCUUCAAUUAGCUAUUCGAAAUGAUGAAGAACUUAAUAAAUUAUUAGCUGGAGUAACUAUUGCACAAGGCGGUGUAUUACCUAAUAUUCAACAGAUAUUAUUGCCGAAAAAAGUUGAAGGUGGAAGUGGAUCAACAUCGCAAGGUGAAACAAGUUCAUCUUCGAAAAAGACAACAUCUAAAUCAUCUGGUGAAAAGAAAGCAACAAAUGCUGAUAAUGCUUAG